GCAUUGUGCAAUUUUUUUAUUCAGAUGCGGAUGAAUGUACAUUCUCUCUCAAUCAGAUGAAUUAAAAAAAGGGAAAAGCAAGAGUACAACGCAUGAAUGGCAAAAGGAAAUUAAAUCAAACAAACCUAACCCAAAAUGCAUUAUGGCACACAUGACUGCGAUAACACGCUCGAAUAAUAAGGAUAACACUGCACAGAGGAUACAGGGUUGGAUACGCACGCGUGAGUCCGCGUUUGGGGUCUGUCUUCCGCUUUCAGUCCGGUUACUAUGACGCACGAUGUGGAACCGGAGUAGAGCUCUAUAAUUUUUUUCUUUGAAAAUGAUAAAGGUUAAAAUCUGUCGGAUUAUCCCAAAAGAAAGAAGGAUAAAGAUUAUGGAAAGGAAGGAUAAUGGAUUAUAGAAAGGGAGGAUAAGAAAUGGUUCAGCGAUCCGGCGGCAAGAGCGCUGCGUUGGUCGCGUGGAAAUACGACCCUUCGAAUGUGAAGGCGGCUCAUUCAGUCAGUGUUUACUGCCACCGGAUGAUCGUGCGCGCUUCUCUACGUAGCUAUAAUCGCUAUCAGUUGUGUCAACGAUAAAUAUUCAAUUAUUGUUAUAAAAUCAGUUAUUAGCAGAAAUUGCAAACAAGUGCUGUGUAAAUCAAUAACAAUUUUCAGUUAUCACAAACAACUUUUUCAAGAUUUUAUAAAAAAACUUGCAUCGCGCAAAACAAGACGAAGCGAUACUGGUGAAAGCAUUCUUGGAAUCAUUGCAGAACCAAUCAUCCGCGUACUUUCGCGAUAUUAGUAGUGGUAAUAAAAUGCCAGCAUACUUGGGCGAGUCCGCGCUGCGGAUUUCCGAACGUGAGAUUCGCGAGUGAAUGUUCCGCGAUUACGAAUGAUUUACUCCAUCGAUUGCUGGCGAAAGGCAGCGUAUGAUCUGUUUAUACGCGAGUGGACCUAUGAUCUUGAGAACGUAACGUAGAUGUGUGAACUAUGUUUUCCCACGAAUUGUGCUUCAGAUUGAUCUUUGACUGUGCGUCGUGUGCAUAGAAAUAUAAUUGAUCGAAUAGUAGAUUGUCAAUAGAUUAUUUUUCAAAAUUAAUUUGAUUGAUUGAGUGAUUUCAUUAAUUAUAUUGUUUUAAGAAUCAAUUGUUUCAUAAAUUCCUAUGAAAUUUUUCACAGCAUACAGAUUUUCAUAGAUCUUUAUGCUUUCACACCCAAAGAGUCCACAGCUUAUGAGAUCCGCCUUAAAUCCUCGUUGCUACAAAUUUUCGAAUCUACAAAUCCUUUCAAACGUUUUAAUUUUUAAUUCAUUGAAAAAUUCCUAGCUUUAUAAAUUUCCGAAUUUGAACGUUUCCUCAAAUCUAUAUAUUUUUUAAUCCGCAAAAUUUCAAACCGCACAUCGAAAAAGCACGUUUGGACUAAUCCUUUCGCCAGUCCCUGACGAAAAUGCCUUCGUUGAAUUAAUCGCGAAUUCACUGGUACCAUCGCGCAAAAAUGACGAUCGAUUUCUUGAUCCGUUUCUCGAUAUUUCUGAUCGCGUACACAACGCGCAUCGUCGUCGGCAUACAACAUUUUGUCGAAAUGCCACCAGACUACCAGGAAGUAUCGGCCGGUGACAGUGUGCAGCUGCCCUGCAUGGUGCAUAACAAGCGAGGGGAAUGCGUUUGGCAGAAGGAUAAUAGGCUGGUGGGCAUGCAACAGGGCAAAUACGAGUGGGCGAGUAAGCGCGAUAACGACUGCACCCUGCAGAUAAGGAACGUCGCUCUGUCCUACGAUGACGGUCUCUGGGAAUGCCAGGUCUCGCCCAGCGACUUUACCAUACAAGACGGCCUCUUGUCCAAUCCGUCUCGGCUGCUUGUUAUGGUAAAACCGAAAGAACCUCGCUUGGAAUAUGGACUCCAAGGGCACGAGGUGGGACCCAGUCUAACGAUAGAGGAGGGAAAAAAUAUGACGGUUUCCUGCGUGUCGAAAUACGGAAACCCACCCGCCUUCAUCAAGUGGUUCAUAGGGAAGACCGAGCUGAAACCUCAAACAGAGCAGAACAACGCGACGGAGGUAGACAACAAGAAAACCUGGGCGGCUCAUAGUCGUCUACAAGUGUUUGGUCGCAAAGAAUAUCACGGUCUACCGCUCCGAUGUGUGAGUGAGCAUCCAACGAGCGCAAUACCGGCCAUCACAGAAACUCGAAUAGACAUUUAUUACAAGCCGGAAGUGCAACUUGAGAUGAACCCGCGUACAGCCGUGCCAGAGCAUUCGGCGAGCUUCUUGAGUCUGAAGUGUCUGGCGGACAGUAAUCCAGUUCCGAAUAUUACAUGGUACAAAGACUCUGUGCAACUCAACGACUCGAUGAAGCAAAGCAGAACGGCGAUGCAUCUGAACGGCAACAUAUUAAGCCAAGAAUUGCGUUUCGAACCGAUCCAGAAGCACAACGCCGGUCUAUACUCAUGCAGAGCGCAGAACUCCAUCGGUGAAAGCGCGCUCGCGAGUUACAGGCUGGACGUUCAAUAUGAACCAAAAGUCAAGAAUGAAAAUAACAUCACCAUGGACGUGAAGGAAACGGUGCAUCUGAACUCUGCGGCGGAGCCCUUCGAAUGCCCCGAAUACGACGCUAAUCCGCCUGCUCAAUACAAGUGGGUGCAUCUUCGCGGUAACUCGAGAGAGAACCGUGAGUACAAGAGCGGCGGCCGACGCCUACGUCUCGAGAGCAUAAUAUGGUCCGAUGAAGGUGAAUACCGUUGCAUCGCGUACAACAUGAUCAACGGCGCCAAACGGGAGACCAUCAGCGACGUUCACUACGUGCUGUACGUGACCGGACCGCCGGAGAUACAAGCUAGAUCGUUGUUCGGUGACCGGAACGAGUCAAUCGGAUGGGCGGGUGAGAGUGCGUACAGGCUUAAAUCCCGAGUAUGUUCGCAGCCACCGCCAAAACUGGUCGCUUGGCAAUGGGGCAGUUCUCACAUACAAGCUGGAGAGAGCAUUCCUCCAAAGUACGAGGCUCUGCCGUUGGAGCCCAUCAUCGAGGACAAGAUGGUGAACAAGAAUUGCUACUGGGCCCAGCUGAAGAUCAAGAAUCUGCAAAAGGAGGACGCCCGGAUGUACACUUUCGUGGUGGAGAGCGAGAAGGGUCGGGACUCGACGAUCAUCAGACUGACAGUGCGAGAUCCCACGGAGUUCCGCGUAAUAUUCGCCGCCAUAUUGGUCGGUCUAUUAUUCCUGUUGGUGGCGAUCUCCGCCUGCGUGUACGGACUGCUAAGAAUCCGACGCCAACGAUAUCGUCAGAAAAUGGAGGAGGAAGGCAGCAUCGCGGCCGACGCGCUCUACGGCAACGGUGUGUCGAUGGAUCGACAGAAAUCUAUUAAUUCGUCUCACGCGAAGAAGUCCAACUUGGACAAUUGCAGCCAGAACGUGUAUGAUUACAAUCACAUCGCGAAGCAGACGCGUGCCAUGAGCCCGGAAGCGCUGAAGGUCAGAAGAGCGCCCGCGGUUCUGCAGCCGCCUACCAUUGUGUAAAAUAUGGGUCUUUAUCUUUUUCCCAGCUAUCGACUAUCAUAAACUUCAUCGUCGGAUCUUACUUUUACUAUACUCACGCCUUUUCAUCAGUCUCUGUUUUAACAAGGAUAUUUCUUAGUUUAAUGUAGAUUAUAGAAAAUUAGAGAUCUAUUUUAAAUUAGAGAUCUAUUUUAAUUGCGCGAUACAAAUAUAUAU